AUGCGUGAGAUGCUCAGAAAACCAACACUCAUGAAAAAGGCACAAGCUGAGGUGAGGGAAGUGUUUAAUAGAAGAAGGAAAAUUGAUGAAACCGCCAUUGAAGAAAUGAAAUUCUUGAAGCUAAUUAUAAAAGAGACUCUGAGAUUACAUCCGCCUCCUUUACUUCCAAGAGAGAGUUCAGAGAAAUACGAGAUCAAUGGAUACAUCAUACCUGCCAAAACCAAAGUGAUUGUUAACACAUGGGCAAUUAAUAGAGAACCAAACUAUUGGACUGACCCGGAGAGCUUUAUUCCAGAGAGGUUCCUUGAUGGUUCUCUUGACUUUAAAGGAGCAAAAUUUGAACACCUCCCAUUUGGUUCUGGAAGGAGGAUGUGCCCAGGAUCUAUAUUUGGUCUGGCCAAUGUUGAGCUUGCUCUCGCAAUGUAUCUUUAUCAUUUUGAUUGGAAACUUCCUGAUGGAAUGAAGCCUGAAGAUUUGGACAUGAGCGAGUCCUUUUGUGUUACAGUUAGAAGAAAAGAUCAUCUCUGCCUCAUUCCCAUUCCUUAUCAUCCAUCACUUGUUGCUGUUGCAUAG